AUGUCAACCAAAAAACGGAUGGAUUUAUCGAGAAGGAGCCGAAGCCCCGCGGUGUCCGACGGCGAGAUGUUUGGGGAUUUUCAGGAGUGGUGCCUCCGCACUUACGGGGAUUCCGGCAAGACAAAGACCGUCACCCGGCGAAAAUACAACAAAAUUCUCCAGACCCUCUUGCAGAGCGACGACUCGGAGGGCGUCUAUAUCGAGAGCAACCACAUCAACGCCAAAUUUAAGUUCUGGGUGAAAUCCAAAGGUUUCCAAGUGGGGAACAUUGACGGCGAACAGAACGAGAAUGGAGCAGCUGACAGACCGGUCCUGUACGUCCCCAUCAAAGCAACGUGUGUGGACGGGGGUUCAGGGCAGGAUAGCUGCUCCCUGAAGAGAGUCGCUGUGGUGGAGGACUUCUAUGACAUCAUCUAUGCCAUGCAUGUGGAGAUCAGCUCCGACCCGGCUAAAGCACCCAAACAUGCCGGGCAGAAGAAAACGUAUAAAGCGAUAGCAGAGACGUAUGCAUUCCUGCCCAGAGAAGCGGUGACCCGUUUUCUGAUGAGCUGUGGAGAAUGUCAAAAGAGGUUGCACAUCAGCCCCAGUGUAGCAGAGUUCAAAGAAAACAAUCAUCCAACCUCUCUGGCUGCUGACCUCAUAGACUACAACAUGCCACUCACAACAACCUACCUGAAACAGAAGAAAUUACAAUGCAUGAACAACAAUGAGCAGGAUGAGUGUUCAGUGAGUAGUGAGGAGUUUGAUAUGAGUGACCCCACAUGGAUAUCAGCUGAACGUCACGCCACACUAUCUGAUCUGAACCAUCCCUCCAGCACAGAGAGGAUGCACAGCCCACAGAACACACACAAGGAGGAGGACGAUGACUCAUCUUCUGAAAGUGGAAGUGGAAAUGGGUUGCACACACUGACUCCUCCCUCGGUGGGUGUGGCUGGUGUGAGUGACAGUACAGGAGCCGAGGUUAACGGGAAUGGAAACGUUACCACAGCACCACUCGACUUCAGCACAACAUCCUCACCGUCAUCCUCAGAGGACCAGCAACCAGUAAAUCUCACAGAGAGUUUGAGUCAGGCCCUUCCUAGUGCUGCGGCCAUGCUGGCUACCUUUAACCCUGAGCGUGCAGAAGAGCUACGCAGAAAAUACCCUAAAUCUUCAGAGCUAUGCCUUGGCAGAGACAUUAGGGACUAUACCAAUAAGUCUCCUCAAUACAGUUCUGGGAGCUACGACUCAAUAAAGAUGGAGAUAUGUGCUGAAGAUCUGACUGUCGGUCGGUCUCAGGCUGACGACGACGAUGAUGACCACGAUGACCAUGAUGAUGGUGAUAAGAUAAAUGAUGUAGAAGGAGUCGACCCCGAGAGGCUGAAGGCCUUUAAUAUGUUUGUGCGUCUGUUUGUGGAUGAGAAUCUGGACCGUAUGGUGCCAAUCUCUAAACAGCCUAAAGAGAAGAUCCAGGCCAUUAUUGAAUCCUGCAGCCGCCAGUUCCCGGAGUUCCAAGAGCGCGCUCGCAAGCGCAUCCGCACCUACCUCAAAUCCUGCCGCCGAAUGAAGAAAAACGGCAUGGAGCAGACCCGACCCACACCACCCCACCUGACCUCAGCCAUGGCCGAAAACAUUCUAGCAGCAGCCUGCGAGAGUGAAUCACGCAAAGCUGCCAAAAGAAUGCGCAUGGAUGUCUACCAGGCACAUGAGGAGCCGAUAGCACUGGAUAAGGCUGUCCCUCGUGAGCCGGCCUCGCUUGCCCACUCUGCAUACUCCCUUGCUGCCUCAGCGUACUCCCAGGACCAGAUGUAUAUCAAUGGAGGCCUCAACUACAGUUACCGUGGUUACGGUGGACUGUGUGCCAGCAUGCCACACCCUGUCUCACUGACAACACCUACCGCCCAGGCCAAUGGGCCUACUGAUCUCAGUAUGAAGUCUUUGGCCUCUAAUUCAUCCUCGUCAAGCUCAAGUAGUCUCGGGAGGAAUGGUGGAGGGGGCGGGGCUUCAGCUCAGCUCAGCCAUACAGAGGUGGCGGCUGUGCGUCAGCUGAUCGCGGGAUACCGUGAAUCUGCAGCCUUUCUGCUCCGAUCGGCAGACGAACUGGAGAACCUCAUACUACAACAAAACUGAACUGGUUUCUCUCUCUCUCUCUUUCUAUAUACAUGCCCUUGUCCCUCUGGACCACAUAACUGACUGUGUCCCUUACUUGUGGAGCUUUCAUCGACAUCAUCAUCCUCAUCAUCGGAGGUAAUAUUGGGAGAUGAGAGAGACUAUACACACGGUUGCAUCAAGCUUUCACGUUCAUAUCGCUUCAGCUUGUGGACGCUUCUGAUCGGAGUGAGAACAUUUGAGAGAUGAACUAGAGAACAAGCAGGGGGAUGGAUGGGUUUUAGUGGAGAUGUGUGAGGAGCUUUGAAGGACACGGCAGUGCUGCUUUACCAAGGAGAAUCUCAGACAUUUUGAUGUGUCUGUAUGCACCUACUGAUUCAUAAUGUCUCCUUAGCCUCGCUUCUUAAACAUCUCCCUCCAUUUCAUUGAAGUUCCACCUCCAUGCCCCUUUUGAGAGCCAUUGAUUUAGGAUUUUCUUUAUUUUCUAUCUACUUCAAAGGAGGAAUUAUGGCACGCCAGUCCUCCCGAUGGCACUAUCAAAUUGAAGACACUUUUGAGUUUGAGGCAUAAUGGAAAGAACGAAAAAAAAAAAAGAAAGAGCAUAAAAAAGAAACCUCUGUAUUUGCUGUAAAUAAGCACUCUCUGUUUCCUGAAGCACUUUUCCAUUCGUUCUUACCUCUGAAUCAUAACUUGUGCAUAUAGAUACAUAGGUGGAUGCUCACCUGGAAAUACCUCAGCCUGUCUGUCCUACUCUCUCACUCUCUCUGCAGUCUCCCGCUUUGCAUGGGGGAGAAGAAAAUUAUCACCUGUCUGUCCUCAACUUCAUGGCCAACUAGGUCUCAGCAAGCUGAGAUUGAGGCAUUGAAAGCAGUGAGUGGGAUGAAUUUGUUUCUGUAAUUCAAAUGCAGAUUCUCCAAAUCUCCAAAUCUAUUUGAUACACUAAUCAGCCAAAACAUUAAAACCACUUGCAUAAUAU